AUGGCGGUGGGAAUAUCAAAGGAUUUAAUAACCCAACUCCAGAUCUCACUUCACAAGCAAGCCAACGUGCCUUCCUACGAUCCCAACGACCCAUCGCUUCCCGGUCUCCCUUCCUUCCUUCACUCGGUCGAUCGCUCUCCCCGCCUCCGCUGCCACCACUGCAAGGCCCGUCUCCUUCGAGGCUCCGACUUCCUCCUUUGCAUUUUUUGCGGCAAACUCCCCACUGAGACGCCGCCUCCGCCCAUCAAAUUCCAGUCCACUUCGGGUUACAGAUGGUUUCUUCACUCUCUUAACUUGGAUGGAUCUGAAAUUGUGGGAGAGUCUUUAGACGGGAAUGGAAGGGAUAAAGAGCGUAGAGAGGAGUCUGCUUUAUCUGAUAUUUUAGGUUUAGAAAUAAGGUGGAAUGAUUCAGAGCCGGAGGAGUUUGAUUCUGGUUUAAGAAAGCUGACUUUCAGUCUUCCGAUUCUAGAGCUGAUCAAGGUGCAAUUAGCUCUCUGUCGUUUGAUCCUUAUGUGA